AUGGUAGUGGAGCCCUAUAGGCUCCAAGCCAGGGCAUCCGUGCGCCAGCGCUGUUUGCUGGUGAAUUUGGCCAUCAAGGUCAACACGUUGCUCACGAGACUUCAAGGAGAAGCCUACCAAGCCACUGAACACUUAGCAGUGUCGGACUUGCGCCGUGAAGAUGGUUGGCUGCAGGUCAUUCGAGCCUUGGAUACCCACUAUGCCUUCUUGCCUGAGACCGAGUUGCAUGAAGCCAUAGAUAGUUUUCUGUUUGAUCUGCGGAAGAGGCUGAAGAGGCCCCAUGAAGGUGCCACAGCCUUUGCAUCGAGGUUCAAAACAGCCUUGUCCCGAGUUCAAGCACUGAUUGCACAGGAACGUUCAACAGCCAAGACCAAGAAAAGCAAGAGCAAGGGUUCUGUUGCCAGUGCUGAGCCUGACAAUGGUAGCAUAGAACUUAGUGAUCAGAGUCUGAGCCGAGAUCAAUCAGUCCUGGUAGUUGCCCACCGUGAGCAAGAAGUGCAUGCCAUGGAAGAUGAUUCAUCUGAUCUGCAAGGGCCUUUGACACGUGGUUCAGAUUCCGAUGACGCAUACAUUGCUGAUCAACCUGCCGAUGGUCCUCCUGACCAUGAUGAGAAUGAUUCCGACUUGGAGUUGCAAGAAGCGUAUGAGUUGAAACAAAACGCCAAGAAAGAUUUCAAGAAAUCAUUCAAAAACAUAAAAAGGGAGCCUAAGAAGGGUCAAGGAGAGCAAGAAAGCAAGAAAGCAAGACAGCCAUACUACCCAGUAGUUGCCUUGAGUCAGCCAGGUGGCAGCAGUGCCAGCACUUUGCAGCCUGCCAAUGCCUCAUCUGCACCCAAGCAACAAGAGUUCAGGUAUGACAAGUCCAAGCAGCAGAAAAUGUUUCCGCCAAAGCGUCAGCCACGGAAAGAAGAUGCCCAUUUCACCACUGGGACCGUAACGACUGACUUUGCAUACAUGAAUGUCACACAAGAGUGGAACAAUGAGUCAUCUGGUAGUCCGACCUUGGAUGUUUUGUUGGCCUCCAUGCCUGAGGGUUGUGCAAUCAUUGACACUGGAUGCACUACAAGCGUGAUCAAUCUUGACACUGCAGUUCGCUACCAAAAACUCUUCGAGCAGAAGGGCCUUCCAAGCCCUGAAAAGUGCACUUUGCCAGCUGUUGAGUUGAAGGGCUUUAGUGGAGACCGCAGGAUCACCACAUAUGGACUGAGAUGGACAGUGAAGAUUGGUGAACUUUGGGGAACUAUCACAACGUGUGUGGUCAAUGGCCCUACACCUUUCCUUUUAUCGAGGCGAGUCCUAGAAGGGAUGGAAGCCAAUCUGGAUAUGGGAAAAGGGACAAUCAGCAGUGCCAAGCAUGGAGUGAAAGAUGUGCCUUUGAAACAUGCUGCAAAUGGCCAUUUCCUCUUGCCGUUUUGUGAUGAGCCUUCCGAGUUUGAACCCACAUGCCCGCGAUCCGAACAAAGUGCAGGCGUAGCCAUCACUGAUGCCGACGAUGGUUCACCUGAUGUCGUCCCCGUGUCAGAGUCCGAGACUGCUGGAUCCGAAUCAGCAGUGCCAAGCAAUGAGCCCAAUGACGCAGCAAAUGCCACAACAUCCAGUUCCAUGGAGAGGCCACGGUUAGAACGUAUCCCUGAAGAUGCUGAGAAGCAGCCAUACUUGAGAAGUAUUGCCACUCAGACCAGUGAGGGUGACAUGUCCAUACAGCCUUGGAACACCCGUGCCGCAGGCAGUGAGAAGGUAAUCCUUUCCCGGCUUCAUGAUGAGUAUGAUCAGGUUCUUGAAGAAUUGAGAGAUUGGUUAGGUCAUGCUUCACCAGAGCAAAUGUUGCGUUUAGCCAAGCGUCGCAAGUCCUCAGCCGAAAUGCAGACAGCCAUCAAGCAGUUCAAAUGUCCAGUUUGUGAAGAGCUUGAGCAAAUCAUAUGCCCGACAGGCCACUCCAUGGCCGAAGCAUUCCACAAUGUAUGGGCUCGACCAUAUGGCCUUCCAAAUACUGUUUACAUGGUCCCUGCCAUGGCUGAUGUCAGUAAUGAGUUUCAAACUUACCUUGCACAGAGUGACAUCAAGCUUGUGCUGGCUGCUGCAGAAUCCCACUGGCAGAGUUGGGUGGCAGUUGUGAGGUCAUAG